CUCUCCAGGUUUCAGGUGUAAUCAUAAACUAGCUGAAGGCAAUUAUGGGUAAUGUAGUUCCUUCACUCGCUGCCAUGUGUUUGCACAAGUGGUGUCAGGUACCUGCUAGACUGCAAAUUCCAGCAGGCGCUGCUCAGCACCCCUGAGACAGGCACACGCCAGGUGUGCUCUCAGCAGCUAACCAAGCCCUCAGCACGCUAGAAUUUUUCAAAGCUGGAGCAAAAAAUAGGUGCUCAUUCAACAGUGCUGAUGUCCUGAGCCACGGCUUAAUUUGGAUCUAGGAGAAGGCUUGUUGUUUCCAGAAUGGAGGAAAACACUUCCAGUAGUGGAGCAGCUUCCCUCCAUAACUCAGAGAUUCCUCGGAGCAGGUCAGAAGGGACUUUGAUUGAUGUGGAUGACCGGACGCCUUCAGCCACCUACAAUGUCAAUGAAAGUAAAUUGGAUUUGGAUAUUGACUGGUCUGACCUCUUAAAACAUGCCCAUGUUGUUUCCAAGACCAAUCCUUUCUGGAAUGAAUUGUCAGCCUCCAACCCUUUUGUACAUGACAUAGCUGCUUCCAAUAGAAAUGAAAAUAAUAAAUACCUUUCUGUAUUGAAAGAAAAACCCUAUUUGUUCUCUAAAGUUUCUAGCAAUAGGGAUUCUUUGGCUUCCUCAGGUGACGAGCUAGAUAUAGACUGUCUUCUAAGAAAGACCUCAGCAAGAAGAUCUGGACGAUCCAAGAGUGUUUCUGACUUCUUGGAUAUUAUUGAUAACCGAAGAUUUAAUCCUUGCAAGACAAUACCUCAAAAAACUAUACCUUCAGACAUUACAUGUCUUCAAAAUGACCGUGAAGCCUACAAGAUGGCUUGGUUGAAUCACCGACAGCUGACUCGGUCUUGCCUAGAUUUAGAAGCCAUGAGCCAUAGUCCUGGAUGGGCACAGACGCAAGCUACUGACAUUCAUAUAGUUUGUAAACUGAACCAUGAAGGGGGUUCAGUUCAUCUACCUGACUCUGAUAUCAAUGUUCACAUCCCUGUGGGUCAUGUAUUACCUGGAGAAGUCCAAGAAGUUGGUUUAAGGGCUAUUCUUAAUCCUCCCUCGUCAUUUAACAAUGAGUUGUCUAGCACUGUAAGUCCUCUGAUAGAACUCACGCUGAGCAACCUCAACACGAAAGAAGCUAUUUUCCUGGAGGUGAAAGUUGCAGCUCAAGUGAAGAAUGAUCCUCUCAGCCAGGUUAUGAGUGAUAUCGUGUGUUUUUUUAGUUUCAAUAAAGAAGGACCUUUUAAGAAACUGGGGAAUUGCUACACUUAUCAAGAUACCGUACAAGUGAAACUAACGGACCUAAGUCAUGUGAUGUACGCAGUGAUUGCAGUCCAGGCAAACAAGCUCCAGCCUCCAGCCACUAAUGUCUGGGAUUAUGUGCAUAGAACUGUCUCAGUUGGAAUUUAUGGUCCCAAAUAUAUUCAUCCAUCUUUUACAGCAGUUUUUGCAGUGUUUGGUCAUAACUACAUUCCAGGGAAACUUACAAUUUGUGAUAUAAAAAAGGGGGGGAAAAAUAUGCCUCCUGUUGUGUUUCAGCUGUGGGGAAAACAUACAUUUCUGCUGGAAAAGCCCCAGGAUCUAAACAUUUCUUUGGUAUCCUGUGAUCCAGAUUUUGAGGUAAAGAUGGAAGACCAAAGCAAAAAUAUUAAAGAGGAGGAACUGAAAACUGGUGAAAUGGUCCGACACCAAUUCCUGUUUUCCAUGCUAGGAUGCAGGGAGAUGCAUUUCUUUGUUUUUCGUGUUCAGAUUAAAGUCUUAAGAAGUAGCCAAGUAAUGCAGUUCCAUGUUACAACCCCUGAUCCAGCUCCAAAAUUAAGUGGAAUUAUCACUAGGCCAAAACAUUUACAAAAACGCAAAGAAAUCAAGUCUGCACCUUUAUUUUUAAUACCAACAGUUAAAUACCCAAAGUUUCAAGACAAAAUUUUAAAUGUUAAUACUUAUGGAGUGGCUUUGAAAACUGUGUUACGUCAAAAUAAGAUUGACUAUUUGUUAGAAUAUUUUAAAGGGGAUACAAUAGCACUUCUUGGUGAAGAUAAAGUAAAAGCCAUCGGACAAACUAAAAUAAAGGAGUGGUAUGUAGGAGUUCUCAGAAAAAAGGUUGGUCUGGUACAUUGCAAAAAUAUAAAAGUGAUUUCUAAAGAGCAAGCUAUGGACACUACUGACAGUGAGCUAACAACCAGGAGUCUUGUUGAACAAAUCGUAUUGCCAUUUAAAAAACUGACUUAUAUCUACUCAGUAGUUUUAUCUACAGUGUCAGAGAGUGUUUAUGACUGGAGAGCUUUGUCUGACGUGCUAGGAUAUUCACAUAUGUCUUUGGAUGACUUUAAUGAGGCACAUGGCAAUAAAGAAUCGGACAGAGUUGCACAUGUUGUGAAGAGGCUAAAGGAAGACUGCCAUGCUAACAAAAAAAAGAGACUAUUCCUUUAUGAGCUCAUUAUUGCACUUUUGAAAAUAGAUUGCCAGGGAUUAGUGGCACGUCUUACCCAGGACACCAUCAUUUUGACUUCAGCUGUGAAGCUUGGCAAAUACUGGCGGGAGCUCGCAGAGAAACUAGCCCGACUCACAAAGCAGCAAAUAGAGGCUUAUGAGGUACCCCACCAAGGAAAAAGUGGAGCAGUAGCUCUGGAGAUGAUGUGGAAACCUGCAUAUGACUUUCUCUACACAUGGGCUGCCCAUUAUGGAGACAGUUACAGGGAUGUCUUACAAGACCUGCAGUCAGCCUUGGAUAAAAUGAAAAACCCAGUAACAAAACAGUGGCGAGAGUUAACCGGAACAUUGAUUCUUGUGAAUUGCAUGGAAGUAUUAAGGGCAAGUGCUUUCUCCAAAAUUGAGGAAGAAGAGUAGACUACCAAGUAUGGUUUUGGAAAUUCUCCUGGAAACUGUACGGUUAUUUGUGUUUCAUCGAUGGUUCCAGAACAGGGCAAAAUGAAGUCUGUUUUACCUGCGGUGAUGUUGAGUAUAGGCCCGUUCUCAACUACAGCUACCUGAGAUUAACAGAGCUUGCUAAAAACUAUAAAGGAAAUAGGAGAAGAGUGGGGGAAUAAACUGGUGAAGUCAAUAAAAAUGGCUGGAAUUCCACAGGCCACUUUCUACAAGGAACUACUUCUGAUUGCACCGAUUUAUAAGUGGAGAUCAGUUGUAGAAACAGAACCAUGCACAGAUAAGUGUAGCUGAUGGGGCCUAGAAACCUAGGCACCUAGAAACAUUAUUUUCAGGGACAUUAAAAUUUGAAUAUUUAAUACGUUUUAAUUGAUGUCCAAAGCCCUCAUCUAUAAGACCAGUGGCUUCAGGGUAGCCUUGAAAGAACUUUAGGAUGCUUUGUCCUCAACUGGGGCAAAAUCCGUCUUGUCCCAAAACAGGAAUUCAAGUUAUUUAAUAUGAAGUACUGGCUUGGUACGUACAGAAAGGUUGUAGACAGUUAAUACCAUCUUCUGAUUUAUCAUUCUUUUCUAUAUUUUCUAUUAUUUUUUUUUCUAAAAAAAAAUCUUUUUUAGAAAAAUUUUUUAGAAAUUUAGAAAUUUCUAAAAAAAAAAAUAAUAGUUAACUGGGGUGCCUUUAGAUUACUUUUUUUUUUUUUUUUUUUUUUUAAUGCAGCAAUUAAUUCUCAUUAGUCAUAUGCUCUAAAAAGAACCCUGCUUGGAUACAAACAAUAAAAAUCUUGUAAUUACUAGUGUUUUUUUUUUUUUAUUUUUUUUAUCAAAGUAGAAAAUACAGGUUGAAUAAUCACUACAGGCUAACCAGACAUUUUAUUUUUACUUUUUUUUAAGAUAAGCUUUUAAAUAGAUAUUUAGUUAAGUGGUAGCUCCAAAAAAAACUAAAUUCCUUUUGACUAUCUUUGAUCAACAUAUAUUCAGAAGAAUCAGCACAUACUCAUGAGAAGCAGUUGAAAAGAAAAAUUGUGUUCUGUUGUCACUUACAGUUGACAAGACAAAGCCAAAUUCUUUCUGGAGUACCACAAACUAGUAGCAUUACAGUCCAGAACCUGUGCUUCUGCUCUUAGAUGGCAUCUACUAAGAAGGAAGUUUUAGUAGACUCUAAAAACAAAUAUUACAUGUAAAAAAAAAAUUACCCCUCCUCUUUCCUCCAACCUGCUUUCCUUUCUACUUUCACUAAGUUUUCCCAAAGUACGCAUGGCUCAGGAGGAGCCAUGAGCAAAAGAGCACUUUCCCCAGUAACAGAAGAGCUCACUCACCAAGACCCUUAAGUGUCAGGGCAUGACUGAAUUAGCAUGCAUGGAAGUCAUUUGGCUUCAGUGGACUUGCUCCUGAUUUGCAACCGCGUGAGGAAUUCAGCCUACAGAACAUAAUUUUCUGCUGAUCAAUGAAACCUGGAGAACAAAGAUGAAGAUUAUCAGAGAUUUUUGUUGUUUCAGGUGCUAGCACCUAUUUUAUACUAUGUCCUUUGUAGUUUUAAAAAGUGCUGCAAAGUAAAUAUAAAACAACAUUCUCUUGUUAUCUUGUGCUCCUGUGCAGACACCAGCUGUUCUCUCUUGCUUGCAGUAAUGAAGCUCCCCAAAGGGGAGAAAGUAUCUGUUGGCUUCCUCUGUCAUGUUGCUGAGUGAGGAAAAGGUGCAUACUGGCUCCCUUUAAAGUAGUCUUCUUUAAAGGUAAAAUGCUAAAUUGAAAUAUUAAAGCUAUAUAUUAAAAAAAAUAAUAAUUAAUAUAUAUAUAUAUGAAUUCUUUAAAAUAACAUUUACAACCCAGGGACAUUAUUUUUUUUUUUUUUUGUAGAUUUCCCAGAUUUAGUCUUUAGGCUUGCUUCUUUCAUUGCUGUGAAACAACAGCAAAAUUGUUUUUGCUCAGAACAAGAGUUGAAUUUGGCCUGGUAGAUUUAGCAAAUAUUGACUUAGUGAGUCAGUGUUCUCCUUAGCUUGCAGCAUUAUGCAACUGGUCUUGCAAGUAUAUUUCUUUAAAAGGGAAUUUAUAUCUGUCCAUAGUCGUGCUGUACUCCAGGGUCUGUACUGUAGGAUUUUGUUGCUAAUUGCUCUCCCCAUUUCUGCUUUAAGUUUCUGCUCAUAUGAAUGAAAUGUGCACUCGUGCAAUAUUCUGUUUACUUUAGCAGCCCACACUGGAUACAUUAAAAAAAAAAAAAAAAAAAAAAA